AGAAUGCAUUGCCAAGCAGGGUUCCUGUUCGUCUCCCGUCUUGUCAUUUCUUGUCCUUGUCCUUGUGUUUUCUGGUGUAAGUCGAGAUGGCGUCUCCACAGCCUCAGAGUAAUGUUGUACAAACGACGCCUCAGCCUUUGAUGCAUCAGAGGUCUGUGGCUAGGAAACCUGUUGGGAAGCCGGCUGGAGGACAAGCGCAGAGCAUUUCGCUGCCGCAUAGACCUGCUCCUCAGCAGCAGUAUCCGCAAGCUGGGUAUCCUCCUCACAACCAGCAGCAGCAGCAGCAACAUGUCCAACAACAGAGACCUCAAUCAUAUCAUCCUGGGCAACAGGUUCAACCUGUUUAUCACCAACAAAGUCCACAGCAGAUUCACCAAGCUCAGCCGAUAGCACACCCAGGCCAACCAAUUCAGCACCAGCAAGCGCAACCUGCUCAGUAUCCUCCCCAGCAGCAACAACAGCACAGCCAACCUCAUCCUCAACCUCCUUAUCUCCACCAACAACCAAUUCAGUAUCAGCAAAACCAUCAACAAGCGCCGCAACAACAAUAUCAGCAACAGCAACAGCUUCCACAGCAGCAUGUCCAAGCGCAACACCCUCAGCAACAACCCUUCAGCCCGACAAACCCAUCACCAAACCCCGCUCCUCAAACGACUCUGCCAAACACUCACCAAGCACAACCACAACAAUCUCCAGCAAGCCCAACUCCGCAAAUCCAUCGUGUUGACACUGCCAACAGCAACAUCGGUUCAUUUGUGGCCGAUCACGGCAGACCGGGAAGCAUCAGCGGUAGCAGCGCCGGUAUCGCAACGCCCGCCACUACAGUCGCUACACCAAGCGUUGCGGGCACACCACGAUGGGAGCCAAAUGUUGUUUCUGUCGCAGUUCAGCAGCCACCUGUGAGCCAGCAACCCCCGGCAGUUCAGCAUGUUCCGGCCCAGCAAAGUCCAGCGAUUCACCAUGCUCCAGGCGCACAGCAACCUCAACCGGCUCAAUAUGCCCCGACAGCUCAACAAAUCCCAGCGGUUCAGCAGAAUCAUCCACCUCAGCAUACUCCAGCGAUCCAGCCGACUCCAGCUGUUCAAGCUACUCCUGCGGCAGACUUGAGACGCACAUCUACUGGGCAACCUCAGCUGUGUAACCAUUGUCGAAAGGGGAUUCCUCUCAACGUGUCGGUCUACACCUGUCUCAUCUGCAGCACAGCGCAUAUCACGACGAACUUCUGUGUGUGGUGCUUCACCUCCAAUGCAGUCAACACUUCUCACAGCCACGAUAAAUCCUACUAUGCCACUGAAUCCGACCCGCGAGUUCAAUCUUCCGUUCAAGAUGCGACAACCCAAAUGUGGACUAUUCGAAAGAACGUCUCUGGCCGACUCUGGUACACUCAUAAUUCGACCGGCUUGAAGACACACCUGAAGCCCACGGCAGCGGCCUUGUUUGGAUUCUCUGGAUUGCCACCUGGCUGGGAUGAGCGCAAGACACCUGAUGGUCGAACAUUUUACUUCAACAAGAGAUUGGGGACCAGUUCAUGGGUGAAGCCUGCCAACUCUCUGCCUGACGGUUGGAGAGAAUUGAGAACGCCAGACAUGACGCCGUUCUAUAUCAACGAACAACUUGGAUUAUCGACGUGGGAUCGGCCGGGACAGCAGCCACGACAGACGAAGCAAGGAAAUAAGGUCAUUGUGAGAAAAGCACGGCCUGGUCAACCAAAUCAGCCGCAAAAUGUCGGCGAUAGCAUCCUUUCAGCGACGGUCAAUGCAGCAAGGCUCACUGGUCAAGGCGUUGAGAUGGCAAGUCGACAGGUCGGAAAGCUUGGCAAGAAGAAGAAUUGGAGAAAGAUGGGUCGGAUGUUGAACACAGUCAACAGCUUCGGUGGUAUCGGCUCCGGAAGCGAUGGCGAGUACGACGACAGUUACAACGAUGAUGGGGACUUCGGAUUUGGAGGUGAUGACACGAGCGGAUUCCAAGACCAGCAACAAGGACAGUUCCAGCAAAGCUUCGACUAUCAGCAAUCGUCUUUCUCACAGCCUCAGCAGUCAUUCUCCUUUGAGGAUAAUCAGCAGUCGAUGUUCCAGCAACCAGCUUUCGAGCAGCAGUCAACAUUUGAGUACUCGGUACAGACUGAACAGCCAGCUUUCGAACAACCUGCGUUUGAUCAACAGCCUGCUUUUGGCCAGCAGCCUGAGCAGUUCAGUGUUACGACUGAGGUUUCUUACACUAUUAAUGAGGGUCAACCAGCCUUCGAGCAGGAGGUUCAGUACACUCAAACAUACGAGCAGCAACCCGGUUUUGAAGUUCAGCAGCAGACUACGUUCGAAGCUACUUCAACCCAAGAGCCAAUUUUGGCUCAGCAGACAACAUCUUAUGAGACAGUCAUUACAUCUGAGCAGGCCGGCGUUGAGCCUCCCGUUCAGCUGACUGAACAACCUGUAUAUCAGGUUACUUCGCAAGAGACCUAUCCUACCCAGCCGUAUGUCUACGAUCCAACUCAAAUGCCUCAGCAGCAGGUUACCAUCUCGUACUCAGUACCCGACUAUGCCGCCGAACCAGCACCACUGUUCACAACCCAGACCCAAGCGCAGCAACCCAUGUAUCCGGUGUUCCUUCAGAACAACCAGCCCGAGAUCAUUACGAGCGACAUUCCUCUAGUUGAAGUCCCGAGUACACCAGAGAACACUACACUCAUUCUCAACAGCGGAUACGGCCGUAACGACAUCUUGGCUGGUACUAGUCUAGUGACUGAGAAUAACACGGCUCCUGUUCCUCAGGUAUCAACGCCAGCGCCACAGGAUAGUAUUGUGGUGGAGGUGACGGUUCAAUCGACCCCAACGCCUGGACUGGAGACGAGUGCAUCGCCAGCACCACUCGCUGUGCAGGAAUAUGAUGCUUCAUCAAAGCCAGCUUCUAUUGUGACGGUUGAUCCCGUGCAGCCAGUCGACUAUGAUGUUGGUGCCAGGUGCAACGCACUCAUUUGAUGUAUAGAGAACAUUUGUGACUGAUGACUAUUAUGAUGCAAUUCGAAACUAUGGUUAGGAUGUUUUGGUCGAUUUCAACAAUGGGAUUGUUAGCAAUGUACACAACGGAAUGAGGAACGAGACACGAGUACAAUGGAUAUUAGCACGCAAUAUAAUUUGACUUCCAACUUAACAGCAAUACACGCUAGAAUGUCGCUCAUGUGCAUCUCAAAAUGUCAAGCUAUCCAAGUCGCAACCCCAAUAUCCAACCAUAACACUAUCCGACCCAUCCCUAUUCGAUAACUUCCCAGCUCAAGAUAUCCGGUAUUCUUCGUCAGUCCCACCCCGUUUCACAAACCCAAUCAAGUCCCCAAACUGCUUCACAGGCUUCUCCUCCUCCCCGAUCUUAACCGGUCUAUAAAACCACUGCCACGACAACCACAACCCCCAGGUGAACAAUGUAGCGGGAACCGCAAACACCCAGUACACCCAGAACUUCUCAUUAACGCUCCAUACCCCAGUAUUGUCAUCGACUUUGAAGAACGACAUGCUGAACAGCGCUGAUAUAAACGUAGCGGGUAAGAAUGUGAGUGUCACGAAAGCUAUGGUCUUCAUAGCUGCGCUGUCGGAUUGGGUUGCCUGGCCAAUCUUAACAGAGAUACGAGAAUCGUAUUGAGCAACUGAGUUGAACGCGAGUUGGAUCUCGUUGAGGAGUCGUUCUUUGUUCGCGGAGGCUCUGCAGCGUAGACUUUGCAGAAUGUGGAUAUACCACAGUAGUCGUUCACCUACAUGUCGAAACUUUGCUUUUGCAGGUCUAUUCCCCCCCGCUGCUUCAGCUUCAAAAGUGCUAUGCUGCUGUAUGAUCGCCGUGAUAGUCUUCUCCGCAACUUCAAGCGUUUCCGAGACGUGAAUAGCAUGCCUGGCUGUAUCGUGCAUAGCUCGAUAUCUCGGCUCAGGCUUUUGUGUAAGAUCUGUUUUUUCAAUCUUGCGAACGUGGUCUCUGACUGCCCAGACGGAUUUAUCUUGAAGAAGAGAGAGAUCUUCGAAUAAACGCGGGUAGAACCAGAAGGGGUCGCUGAGCGUGUCGUUGUGAG